CGGCGCCCCCAACCUGGACCACUGCGGUUUCUGAUCCAUACCGUCUACUGUUUCUCUCUUCAACGCAGAAUGCUUCGAACUGCUGUCCGUGCUACUCGUACCUUCUCCCCCCGCGCUUGUCGCUCUGCCGUCGUAGUGCCACGCAUGCUACCCUGUGUCCGACACCAGUCUACGACACCCAUCCCUGAGGAUCCCACGGCCAAGCGCGCUGCCGCCUUUGAAGCUGCUCAGAAAUUGUCCGAUGACCUACAACGCGAUUGGGAUGCUCCAGUGAUCACUUUUGAACAACUGCUCCCCAAGACACAGAGCCCGAGUCCCGACGCCUACCUCAUUGAUGUUCGCGAACCGGAUGAAGUCGUUCAAGGAAUGAUACCUUCCGCCGUCAACCUCCCUCUCUCGGUGCUCAGCAACUCGCUGCAUCUCAGCCCGGACGUCUUCCAGGCUAAACACGGCUUUCCCAAACCCAAGAAGGCGCAGGAGUUGACUUUCUACUGCAGAAGCGGGAAGCGGAGCACCUCGGCAAGCGACGUCGCUAAGCGAAACGGAUAUACAGAGAUCAAGAAUUAUAAGGGUUCCUGGCUCGAGUGGGUCGAGAAGGGCGGGGAAAUCUCCAAGUAAUACAGUACCUGUCCAAGAUUGCGAAGUAAUUACUAGGAUUGCCUCAUGAUGAUCUCAGAGAAAAUAACAUGUCACAUGGAUUGCACCGUAAUAGUAAUUGCAGCAAGCGUAGUCCUUCGGUAUACAGUAGGAUCAAUCAUUCAGCCAUAGACUGAACAGUGAAAUCCGAGAAUUGUAAGUACGGUGAAUCGGCCUCCGAAUAGCAUUCACCACCAGCGCGUUCUGUCUGUCGGCACGUGCCAUCACCGACCUUCUUGCGAUCAUUAUGCUUUCUUCCGUGCUGCGACGGCAAUGCUUGGUGUCGAGCGGACGCGCCCUUAGACUUCGGACAACACCUCUCCCUUUCAUCGCGCUCGCGCGUGGACUGAGCACCCCUUCGACUCAGAUUAGCCACAGUGACUUGUCGAUUGAAAAGUACAAUGCGUUCUCAGACCACACAAUGGACAAUCUCUUGCACGCAUUGGAGAACCUAGUAGAUGAGAGUGGGGAUCCGAGUCUUGAGGUGGAAUACCAUGUCAGCCGCGGAUUGCUUGGGUGUCUUACCUCUGCACUAACUACUCACUCGCAGAGCGGGGUGUUGACACUACAGCUUGGCACACAUGGCACGUAUGUGAUAAACAAGCAGCCUCCCAAUAAACAGAUAUGGCUCUCUUCGCCGCUCAGCGGGCCGAAGCGAUACGACUACCGAGAGGAUGUCAAGGACUGGGUCUAUUCCAGAGACGGAAAGGGCCUGCUGGAGCUCUUGAAUGAAGAGCUCAGCGACGCGCUCCAACGCCCGGUCGAUGUGUCUCAGACCAUGGAAGACUGAGCGAUCCGAAAUUGUGCUAGGGUGAAAGCCGGAUCUUCAUUUUUUGGUGGCGCCCCGCUUGGCUACACCCGACGAGGAAUUGGGGGCAGUCGCAUCUGUACCUUGGUCUUUUCCUGAGAUCAUCCCCUAAGUUGAGGCAAAUGUGAGGCAUGUUUGUCGAAGAAAAUUAGAAACGAACGCCAGGCUUGCAUUACUUGAGGGUCGUUCUUCGACGUUUUGUAGAUAUCCUCUUAGUACUUACUUCAGUGCGGCCACAUCGAGUGGGUAUAUCAACACUCACUCCACACUGAAUCCGUCAUUUCAUCAGGAGAAACGAGUGUUCCGUCAAGAUCCUUUCCAAAGGCACGGUUGCUUUCUUCGAAUAAGAUUCUCUGUAAUUCCUGUGGUGCCAGUGAUGGUCUGUCCUGACGCGCCGCUCGCCGUGUUUCUUGUACAGAACGACGAACAGACCGCUUCGUAGACGAGGAGAAGUUUCUGCUGCAUAUGAGCACGCUUCGAGGGAGCAUAUUCACCGCAGAUCCCAG